AUGUUUGAUUUUGGAGUUUUCUUGAGGGCUUACUCCUCCCGUGACAUUCCAGAUCCUCUUGCCUCUCAUGAUCAAGAAGAUUCCAGUCUUAGUUGCCAAAAGAAAGAAAACGUAUACAGAGUGUUUAAGAUCAAAGCGAUGGUGAUUGAAGCACUCGAAAACCCUUUUCCUCCGAAAUUCCAAGAUUACCUAAUUGAAGGUACAAAAUCUAGGAUUAUCUAUUGUUCAAGAAGUUUGUGGUCUGGAAAAAUACACAGAUAUCUAAUGCAGUCAAUGUAUAUAAUUAACACUUCAUUGAAACAUCCUAAUCUUACUCUAAGCUUCCGCACUUUUAAGAUCCUUCAGGUUGCUGAUAUGCAUUAUGGAACUGAAUGACUAGGUGUAGAGAUGGUUCAAUAAAAGAGCUCAAAAAUGAUUUACAAACUCCAACCAAAAAAUUGCCAGCCUAUUCUUGAAGCUUUUGAAAGGAUAAAAAAGACUUUGGGUUGAUGAUUAGGUAUUAUGCAAAGAAAGGGGACAAGCAUCAACCAAGAGAAAUGUUUGGGGUCUGAGGGAAUUGCUGGUGUACAGUUUGAUGUUGUAGGAUAGGGGUAAUUUAGAAAUCAAGGGUAUGCACAAUCAAGGCAGAAUAUGAUACAAGAAGCUCCAGUGGAAAUGCCAUACAGGCAGGUUCUGAUCACCGAAUCUCUCAUCAACGAUCACGACAAAGACACUGUGCUCAUGCUCGACAUGUUCCAAAUAAUGCAGGAGAACAUGAGUGCAGCAACAGACAUCUGCAAAAAAAUCGUUGAAGACCACCGAACACCAUAAGGAACCACACUGUUGUAAUCGAAUGCCCUGUAAUGAUCUAUUAAUGAUGUAAUGAUCUAUUAAUGAAUCGAUAUCUUUUUAUCGUCAUCUCUUGAUACAUUUAUCUACUCCAAAAACAAAACUAUA